AUGACCAUGCACAUACACACAGAUGUAGAACGGCCUACUAUCACGUUUCCGCAACACGAGAUGCUGUUUGAGAAGCAAAUGGACUUUAAGCCCAACUUCUCCAUCACGCUGAUCUUUGGAGAGGUGGGGGAUCUGGAGAAACGCGACGAUCCAGCUAUUCAGCAUGUCUCCUGCCGCCACGUCAAGACGACUGGAAAUCUAUAU